AUGCUUGCGCUCGGCGGCUCGGCGGCGCUGCGGCAGCUCAACAGCCCCGGCAAGAGCGGCAGCGUGUUCUUCCUGUCGGACGACGAGCGGUUUCUGGUCAAGACGAUGCGCAAGAGCGAGGCGCGGGUGCUGCUGGGCAUGCUGCCGGGCUACUAUGCGCACGUGACGGCGCACCCCCACACGCUGAUCACGCGCUUCUUUGGCGUGCACCGCAUCACGCCCGCGCACGGCCGCGCGGUGCGCUUUGUGGUGAUGGCCAACAUAUUCGUGACAGACCUGCAGAUCCACCGCCGCUUCGACAUCAAAGGGUCGACCGAGGGCCGCUCGGUCGGGGAGGAGGCGCGCCGCAAGGCGGAGGGCGACCCAUCAGUCAUCUUCAAGGACCUAGAUGUCGACUUUCGCCUGCAGCUGGAGCCCGCUGCCCAUGACCUGCUCAUGCAGCAGCUCAAGGCCGACGCAGACCUCCUCAGGGAGUGCGGGGUGAUGGACUACUCGCUGCUGCUAGGAAUCCACUACCCCAGCCGCGGCGCCCUGCAGCGCGCCAGCCUCGACGCCGCCCCCUCCACCGACAACGCCGCCGCCUUCACUGACGCGCUGCCGUCUUACCGGCCGACCUCCGAGUCAGACACCGACGCCGGCGAAGCGAACCGCGUGAUGCUGGCCCGCAACUUCAGCGGCGGCGGCGAUCCCUUUGCCGCAGCUGCGGCCUCAGCCGUGGCGGGCCAGCAGCAGCAGCAGCGCUGGCAGGGCGACGACUCGGCGUUGCUGCCUCCUGGCGCGGGCCUGGUGCCCGGGGGCUGGCCGGCCGCCCCCCCGGGCGGCGCGGACCGCGCGCGCAACUUUGACGUCCACAGUAAUGCGGCGGAAGUUGAGGAGAAGCUGGCACGCAUCGUGGAGCGGAUGGAGGCGAUGGGCUUCAGCGAGCAACGGCAGCGGGAUAUCGCUGAGCUGGCGCGGCUGAAGAUCCUGGGGGGCAAGCUGAAGAAGCGCUCCGCCGCGCGCAAGGAGCCGGCGGCGGCGGUGCUCACCGCCAUGCAGCAGGCACGCCAGGAGAGCCUGGGGGCCAACGCGCCCGGCCUGGCCUCUGGGGAUGGCGGCGCUGGCACCGGCGCGGCCGUAGCCGCGGCAGCCACUGGCGACGGCGCGGCAGGCGCUCCGGCGUUGGCGCCGUGGACGCCGCCGGCGGGCCCCGGCAUGGCGAGCGCGCGCUGA